AUGGCAGAUCAUAAUUGUUGUAGUUCACAUUGUCAUUCUACUGAAUCAUCAUUAUCAUCAAAUACAAAUGAAAUAAAUUCAUCAAAUAUAAAAGAAAUUUCUCAUAAUGAUAUACAUAAACAUUUAAUAUUAAAUGAUAAUGAUAAUGAUAAUAAGAAUGAUGAAUCACAUACAUUUUCACAAUUAUUUGAUAUAGCAUGGUCAAAUCAAAAUGAUUUACAAAGUUCAUCAGUUAAUACAACAACAGAUGAUUAUUCAAGUAAACUUCUUCAUACAAUACGUUUACUUGAAUCAUUAGAAAAACGUCUUAUAUCACUUGAAUUAUUUAGUGAUAAUGAACAUAUUGAUGAAGUAUCAACAAUAAAUAUACGUUAUUUACUUCUCUAUGCAUUUCUUGCUUGGUUAUAUCAAACAAAACGUUCAAAACCAUCACAACGACUUGUUAAUGUACAACAUGCAUGUGAUUAUUAUUUAAAAUUUUUAACAAUGACAAAAAAUUAUGAUUUACAUAAAUAUUCUAUACCAAAAAUACCAACAAAUCAAGAAUGUGAAAAAACAGAACAAUUAUCAAGUCGUAAUGUUGAUAUGAUGCAAAUGGCACAAGAUCGUGCAUCAAAAAUUCGAGGUCAUUUAAAACGUCGUGAAGAAGAAGAAUCUAUGAAAGCAUUUGAAGAAGCAAUGAAACAUGAUUUAACUGAUGAAGAAGCUAAACGUAGUUUUUAUUUAAGUAAAAUUCAUUGGUGGAUUAAUACAGCAUUUGAUGAUCUUGAUUAUUUAUAUGAUGAACUUCGAGUUUUACUUCAACGUCAAUCAAUAGAAUCAACAAAUGAUGAAGAAAUUCAUAAACGAUCGGAACGUAAAUCACCAUCACGUCCUUUAAAACCAAUGAUAAUUACACGUGAUCAAUUACAAGCAAAAGUAAUUGGUGCUGGUUAUCCAAGUAUAUCUACAAUGACAAUUGAUGAAUUUUAUCAAAGUCUUACUCAACGUGGUCUUGCACCAACACCUGAACAAGUCAAACAAAUGAAUGCUGGUCCUAAAUUUCCAACGGCAAGUGAUGCUGAAAAAGAAGAUAUUGCUAAAGAGUCAUAUACCGAAAAAGAUAAUCCAGAUAUGUUAAAAUAUUUACGAUCAAUGGAUGAAUUUAAAGAUGAUCAUCGACAUGGCGAAGGAAAUCGUUUUAAUCGUUCUUAA